CGGUGUCUUGGAAAACGGCGGUGUAACGAUCUCACCAUGCAGAGCGAGCGAGCGAACAGACGACGAUGCUACAAGAAACGACGUGACUUCCUGCCCUGUGUACGAGCUGCCCUGGCCGGGUGAUAUAUUAGAAAUACCGGAUGUAGUACUACUGCGUGCGUGGAGCGGCAGAAACAGUACCUUAUAUACAUUAACAUAUUUAUUUCCCCCUCAAACAAAAAGGACCUUGGACCCCUUAGAGGAGGGAGGGGUGUGAGUGCACCCUUGCAGAAGGAAGAAGAGAGAGAGAGAGAGAGAGAGAGACUGUCUUUGUUUACAUCAGCAUGGAUGUGAGGAUGCGGCGGCUUAAAGCAGUGGACAUUACACUCCUCGUAUGGAUACUAAGCGUGCUUCUGAGGAACGACGUGGCGCGCGCUGCAUCUCAGCGGUGUGAUGAGGUCCUGGCGAGUCCUCUUCCCUACAGUGCCUUCAGCAGCUCCUCUGUAUUAGCUCCUGAUUUUGGUGCCGGCUACGCUAAACUGAAUCGCAGAGUCGGGAAUGGAGGCUGGGCUCCGCUGGACUCGGACAGAUAUCGAUGGCUGCAGGUGGACCUCCGGAGCAGGAAACAGAUCACAGCCAUCGCAACACAGGGACGAUACAGCAGUACAGACUGGACUAAACAGUACCGGCUGCUCUACAGUGACACGGCGACUAACUGGAAGCCUUAUAGGCAGGAUGGCAACAUAUGGACGUUCUCAGGUAACUGGAACUCGGAGCGAGUGGUUCGUCACGAGCUUCAAUACACCAUCGUGGCCCGAUAUCUGCGUUUUAUUCCCUUAGAAUGGAGUAAAGAAGGGCGAGUCGGGAUGAGGGUCGAGGUCUACGGCUGCGCAUAUUGGGCCGAUGUGAUCAGUUUCGAUGGACAGGGAGUACUCUCUUACCGCUUCCGACAGAAGAAGAUGAAGAUCCUGAAAGACGUUAUUUCGUUAAAGUUUAAGACCAGUAAAGGAGACGGGCUUCUGCUUCACGGAGAGGGACAGCAAGGCGAUUAUCUCAGUCUGGAGCUACGCAGGGCCAAACUGCUGCUACAGAUCAAUCUGGGUAGCAACCAGUACGGCUCCAUCCAAGGUCACACCUCAGUGUCCAGCGGCAGCCUGCUGGACGAUGACCACUGGCACACUGUGCGGAUCGAGAGAUACCGCCGCAGCGUGAACUUUACCCUGGACGAGCACACGCAGAGUUUCCGAACCAACGGCGAGUUCGACCAUCUCGACCUGGACUACGAGAUCAGUUUUGGAGGUAUGCCUGCAUCAGCCAAGCCCAGUUCAGGAGCUCCGCAGAACUUCAUCGGCUGCAUGGAGGACAUCCACUACAACGGGGACAACAUCACCAACCUCACACGCAGGAAACGAGUCGACACAUCCAGCUUUCGUAACCUGACGUACACGUGCGGAUCCUCGCCGACGUUCCCAGCCUUCUUUAACUCCAGCAGCACUCUGCAGCUGCCGGGCCGCAGCGACGCGGACACCGUGUCGGUGAGCCUGCAGUUCCGUACGUGGAGCCCCAGCGGCUUGCUGAUGUUCACACCCAUGAUGCCCGGCGGAGUCGAGGUCAGCCUGGUGGACGGCAAAGUGGUGGUGCAUAUUUACAUUUCACAGGGGAAGAACACACGUGUGGACAUCUCCUCAGGUUCAGGCCUCAAUGACGGCCAGUGGCACAGUGUUCAUGUCCUGGCGCUAGAGAGCUCGGCUACGCUCACCAUCAACGGUGAUGAGAUGUCGUCCGUCAGAGCCACUCUCCCCAUCCAGAUCCGCACCGUGGGAGAGUACUACUUUGGAGGCUAUUUUCCACGGACGGACCUCUCACCAUCUCAGCGCUCCUUCCAUGGCUGCAUGCAGCUCAUCCACGUGGACGACCAGCUGGUGGACUUGCACGCUGUAGAGCAGGGUGUGAUGGGAAGUUUCGAGAAUGUCAGCCUGGAUAUGUGCGCCAUCAUCGACAGGUGUGUCCCGAACCCGUGUGAGCAUGGAGGCCGGUGUUCUCAGACUGGAGACGUGUUUAAAUGCUCCUGCGAUGGAACUGGAUACAACGGAGCGACCUGCCACACAUCGAUCUACGAGCAGUCAUGUGAGGAGUACAAGCACCUGGGCCGACGAUCCGACUCAUACUGGAUCGAUCCGGAUGGGAGCGGACCUCUCGAACCCUUUAAAGUCACCUGCAACAUGACGGAUGAGAAAGUGUGGAUGAUGCUGAUGAACGACCUGCCGGCUCAGACUGCAGUGAGCUCAGCGUCUGCUCCCGAGCAGGGCGCUGUACUGAAGCUCGGCUACAACGUGUCUACAGAGCAGUUAAACACCAUCACCAGCAACGCAGAACACUGUGAGCAGUACGUGGCCUACACGUGCAGAAUGUCCCGCCUCCUCAACUCCCCAGACGGCCCGCCGUACACCUGGUGGGUCGGACGUGGGAACGAGAGACACUUCUACUGGGGCGGCUCAGGGCCCGGAAUCCAGAAAUGCGCCUGCGGCAUCGAGCGCAACUGCACCGACCCAAACUACUACUGCAACUGUGACGCGGACCAGAGACAAUGGCGUGAGGACGCAGGUGUGCUGAUGUAUAAGGACCAUCUCCCCGUUACCCAAGUGGUUGUCGGAGACACGCGGCGUUCCGGAUCCGAAGCCAAGCUUACUGUGGGACCCCUCCGCUGCCAGGGAGAUCGGAACUUCUGGAACGCUGCGUCCUUCAUCACCCCGGCAGCGUAUCUGCAUUUCCCCACAUUCCAAGCCGAGUCCAGCGCCGACAUCAGCUUCUACUUCAAGACCUCAUCCUCGCACGGAAUCUUCCUGGAAAACCUGGGGAACACCGACUUCAUUCGCAUCGAGCUGAAAUCUCCUAACGUGGUCUCCUUCUCCUUUGAUGUGGGCAACGGGCCUGUGGAGCUGAGCGUGCGCUCGUCGGCGCCCCUCAACAACAACCAGUGGCACAGAGUGGAGGCCGAGCGCAACGUGAAAGAAGCCAUACUGCGACUGGACAAAGCGUACAGAGACGUGCGUCCAGCUCCGCCCCAAGGCCACACCCGUCUCCAGCUCUUCAGUCAGCUCUUCAUCGGCGCAUCAGGAGGGCAGAGGGGAUUUCUGGGAUGCAUUCGCUCGCUUAGGAUGAACGGCGUGACCCUUGACCUGGAGGAGAGGGCCAAGGUGACUCCAGGGGUGAAGCCCGGCUGCUCGGGUCACUGCCCCAGCUACGGCACGCGCUGCCAAAACGGAGGCAAGUGCGUGGAGAAAUAUAACGGCUACACGUGCGACUGCAGCCUCACGGCCUUCGACGGACUCUUCUGCUCCGACGAUGUGGGCGGGUACUUUGAAAGCGGGACGCUGGUCCGCUACGACUUCAUGUCUGGCAGCAUCUCGUCUCCUGUGGUGAAGGCCACGUCAGGAGCCUUGAGUGUGGAGGGCAACCUGACACAGGAGGAGCUCAGCUUCAGCUUCAGCACCUCUCACGCCCCCUCCGUUCUCGCCUACAUCAGCUCCAGGACUCAGGACUACCUGGCUGUGGUGCUGCGUCACAACGGUACGCUACAGAUCCGCUACAACCUGGGCGGCCUGAAGGAACCAUUCGUUAUUAGCCUGGAUCACCGCAACAUGGCUAACGGUCAGCCGCACAGCGUCAACAUCAGCCGGCAUGACAGACUCAUUUAUCUACAGUUAGAUCAUUACCCCACUAUGACCUACUCCCUCCCUGAAGCAUCCGACACCGAGUUCAACCUGAUCAAGACCAUUUUCCUUGGAAAAGUCUAUGAGACGGGUCAGGUGGACAGUGUGCUCAUCGAGCGUUACAACACGCCAGGUUUCGUCGGCUGCCUGUCCAGGGUGCAGUUCAACCGCAUCGCGCCUCUGAAAGCGGCGCUGAGACCGAGCGCUCCGUCUACAGCCUCCAUCCAGGGCGUGCUAGUAGAGUCCAACUGCGGCGCUCUACCGCUAACCAUUCCCGCCAUGUCGGUGACCUUUGACCCCUGGCAGCCCGAAUCAGCCGGAAUCCAGUUCCCAUUCGAUGACGGUGGAGCGAACAGGGAUGGAGUGAACCGCGACUCUGCGAUAAUCGGAGGCAUCAUCGCGGUGGUGAUCUUCUCCAUCCUCUGCACGCUGGUGUUCCUGGUGCGCCACAUGUUCCGCCACAAGGGCUCGUACCACACCAACGAGGCGAAGGGGGCGGAGUCGGCAGACUGCGCAGACGCCGCCAUCAUCGUGAACGACCCCGCCUUCACGGAGACCAUCGACGAGAGCAAGAAGGAGUGGUUUAUUUAAAUCAGCCCCCCUGGUGCAUGAGGAAAAGGGGCGGUUUCAUACACAGAGACACAUCAUGAGAUUAACUCUCAGUGUGAGUGUAUGUUUGUGUGUAAGUGUGAGUGUGUGUGAGUGUGUAUGCGGGUGUGCGAGAUCAUACAGACUCCAGGAGGAAGUGAAGUGUGUUCCAGGGAUCACGCUGUAUAUAAAACCUCACUCCAUCCUGUCCACGUAGACGAGAACAUCAGUCUGGAGGAAUGGAAGCAACCGGAAGCGUCCAUCGCCGUGGUGGACGGACUUUCUCUGAAUUAUUUAUUCACCAAUCCCAAGAGCACAACGAAUAUUUCUGUUACAGAUGGUGAUUGUAUGUCAGUGUGUUUUCAGCAGCAUGGGACGUGAACGGCGUCACUCACUGUUACACUGGCUUCCGUCUAUGUCACGUUCUUAUGGUUCUUUGUGUCCUGUGCUGUCUUCAUCCCCACUGUGUGUGUGUGUGUGUGUGAGUGAGUGCUUGAGUAAAUAAACGAGUGAGUGAAUUUAAAUGUAAUUUAUUCCACACCCCCUGUAUGGAAAACAGCUUUUAGGAAUCUUUCACCCGUUAACGCUGUGGGCUUUUUUACAAUUAUGUAACAUUUGUUUCAGUUCUAUUGAUGGUCCUAAGAGACCUUUUAUUUAUUUUAGUUUUUUUAAUUUAUUUGGUUCAAAAUAUACAAAGACCAUCCAUAAUAUUAAAACCAUUCUCAAUCUAAGGGAUAUUUAUACGUCAGGCAGCAAGUGAAUAAUCAGUUCUUAAAGUAGGAAAAAUGAGCAAGCAUGAGGAAGCGCGAUGUCUGGACGUCUGGGUCAGAGCGUCUCCAAAACUGAAGCUCUUGUGGGGCGUCGCCGGUAUGCAGUGGUUAGUACCUACCAAAAAAACUGGUGAACUAGUGACAGGGUCAUGGAUGACCAAGACUUAAUGAUGCACGUGGGGGAUGGAGCCUGACCCAUGUAGUCUGAUCUGAUAGAAGAGCUACUGUAGCUCAGACUGCUGUAAAUGUUAACACUGGCUUUGAUUGCACGGCACCAGAACACACAACGUGCCACAGUUUGUUGUGUAUGAAGCUGUGUAGCUACACAAACAUCAGCGCAAAUCACACAAAUCACCAAAAGCUCCUAUAACGUGCAUGUGAGCAUCUGGCACCAAGAUGUAUUAUGGGAUGAAUGGAGGCAUUGUGAUUCUCUGGGCAAUCUUCUACUGGGAAACCUGAACCCACCUUCCUGAACGUUGUUGUAGCCCAAGUACUCCACUGCAUGGAAACCGUGAUCCCUGAGGGUGGUGGCCUUUUUUAGGAGCAGGGAUGCGCCCUGACACAAUCAGUGAGUUUGAUACGGAUGGAAACCACCAGGGACCAGCCGAUAGGAUAUUAUAUCCAGGCCCAGGUGCUUCAAUUUGCAUUGCGAUUCGGUAAAUAUCACGAUUCAGAUUUUGUUACAAUUCUAAAUAAACUUAGCAAAGGGCAGUGGUAGCUCAAUUAGUUAAGACUGUGGGUUACUGCGUUACUGAUCAGGAGGUCGGGGGGUUUAAGCCCCAGAACCACUAAGUUGCUCCUUUUGGGCCCCUGAGCAAGACCCCUAACCCUAUCUGCUUCAGGUGUGCUGUAUUUUGGCUGACCCCAGGUUCCUAACUGCCAUAUACAAAAACAAAAAUGACAAAUAAUUGAAUUAUUAUAGAUAAUUUUGCUAAAGUGUAAAGAGUUUAGAGCACACCACCUGCAGAAUCAUCAAGUAAGCAUUUCACUGCAUAUCAUACUGUGUAUGACUGUGUAUGUGACAAAUAAAAUUUGAAUUUGAAGUAACUGCAACACAAAAGGAACUCUACCACUACAAAUGUAAACAUAUAAAUUAAAAAUAUAUAUUUUGAAAUCACCGUAGCAAUACAUAAAUCACAAAAUAAUAGGAUUACGGUUAGAAUUCUAACACAAAAUAAUUCUGGUGCGUAACUGAAUCGAUUUUUUCCCCCAUCUCUAGAGUUUGAGGCCCAGCCUCCAAGUUUUUCAGAUCUCAGGCUGACCAAGUAUCUCUGGGACGUUAUGGAAAAACAUGUGUAAUCCAUGGAGGCUCCACCUCAAAACUCACAGGACUUAAAGGAUCUGUUACUGUCAGCUAGGUGCCUGAUACCACACACACACACACACACACACAUUUUCAGAGGUCUAGCAGAGUCCAUGUUUCAAUGGGUCAGGGCUGUUUUAGUUUAAUGUUAUGGAUGAUUAAUAUACAGCAUCAAAAUGACAAAGAAGUGAACACUAUUGUUAUUUAUUCAUUUAUUUAUUUCAAAAAAGGUAAGACAAUGCCAAAAUGACUUUACACAGGUAUCAAAAUGGAUGAAUAAGUUUUUUUGUUUGUUCGUUUGUUUGUUCAUUUAUAUGUUUCUGGACAAGUAAGACUCAGUGCCAAGAUGAUCUUUCGCCGGCUUGCACAGGAUACAGAACUUAAGUAUGACAUUCUUUGUUUGUUUGUUUGCUUGUUUGUUUGCUUAUAUCUUUAUUCAAAUGCAUGGACCUCCAGGCGUUCUCUCCCGGGCGUUUUCAGCAUUCAGAACCUGCAGCACAACCAACAGCAUGACCUCUGAUCCACAUUUGAUUAGAUUCGAUUUUGAUGCGGAGCAAGUGUGCGCAUCCUCAUAAUCAGAUGCAAAAGUCUGUGUCCCCCCCUCCUUAACUUAGCGAACAAAGUCCUCAUAAACUCAGAGCAUUAAUCGGUUGUUGAUUGAAUAUUUCAGUAUUAAUAUCCUUAUCAUUAAGGAGCCUGUCGUUGCUAUGGUAUUGCAUCGUCAUGAGGGUGUGUAAACUUUUGCACACCACUCUAGAAUAGCAAAUAUGACUAGAGUUCAUUUUGGUUUAGUUUAUCAUGACAACUGUUUGUAUGUUUGUUAGUUUGUUUGUAAGCAUGAUCAUUAUUACAGCGAGUGAUUUUACUUUAUGGAUUUUAUUACUUUUUUUUUUUUACACAUUGUGGUGUUUGUUAUAAACUGAAGCAGAAGAACACCAUGAGAAUGAGGGUUAUUUUCAUCUUUCGUACAAAAUAAUUAUGUAACAUUUUAAAUCUGUUGCUAGUUAUUUAUGUUUCAGUGGACAUAAAAAAAUUUUUGUACAUAUUGCUUAUUAUUUACCUUUUUUUUCCUUCCCCCGGAUGCAACAUUUCGAUAACUUUAAAGUGAAUGACUUUAAUAUUUAUUUAUGUAUGACAAGAUUGUUUUUUUUCAUACUUUUAUGUGUUUAUCUAUUUUCUGAAUGAAUGCAGAAUGUUCGAUAAUGAAAGCAUUACGAAAUCAAUAAAACAUUGCAUUGUUUCUCAUUUAAUAAUCCAGUGGAUUUUGCUCCGAUGCGGCCUCACUGCGCUUCAGCGUAAGGGCCAGUUUCGGUCGAGGUCUUCAGCAGCUACACGGAUUACAUGCGGUUUAGUUCCAGUCAUUACUAGCUGUCAUGUCUUGCUGCUUAUACAUAUACGAUAUACAAAUGCGGAUGUAUAUUUGUAUAUAUGUACGAAGAUUUCCAAAAAAAACGUCAAAAAAAGGUUUGUACAUUGUUGCAUGUCCUUGAGGAUCUAGGU